AUUGCCCACCCCAAUAUUGUGAAGCUAUAUGGAGCAUGUAAAGAACCUCCAACAGUGUGCCUUGUGAUGGAAUAUGCUGAGGGUGGAUCUUUGUACAAUGUGUUGCACGGGGCGGGUCCCCAGCCAACCUACACUGCCGCCCACGCUAUGAGCUGGGCCCUGCAGUGUGCUAAAGGGGUGGAGUACCUACACGGAAUGAAGCCCAAAGCUCUGAUUCACAGAGACUUAAAACCACCAAACCUGCUGUUGAUUAUGGGUGGGACCGUUCUGAAGAUCUGUGACUUUGGCACGGCCUGUGAUAUACAGACACACAUGACGAACAACAAAGGGAGUGCAGCCUGGAUGGCUCCCGAGGUCUUUGAAGGUAGUAACUACAGUGAAAAGUGUGACGUCUUCAGUUGGGGAAUCAUUUUCUGGGAGGUCAUCACGAGGAGGAAGCCUUUUGAUGAAAUCGGUGGCCCCGCCUUCAGAAUCAUGUGGGCUGUUCACAAUGGCACCAGACCACCUCUCAUCCGGAAUCUUCCUAAGCCACUGGAGAUAUUAAUGACCAGAUGUUGGCAUGGUAACCCAGCAGAAAGGCCAUCAAUGGCAGAAGUCUGUAGAAUCAUGACCUACAUGUUCCAGUUUUUCAGCGGUGCAGACAAACCCCUAGAGUACCCCCCGAUGAGUGAGUCCUCAGAUUCACCGGACUGGACAUUCAGCUCUCGUCCUAACAGUAUGGCCUUCAGUUCACCCCCCUCUACAUACAACACCUCGGCACCAGCGUCUGAGUCUCGCUCUGAUACCCUUAUCAACCCUGACCCCUACAUACAGGGUGACCCUCCUCCCAUACCACCCCGAGGAAACCCACCACCAGUGGUGGAGUACCAGAAUGAAGUUGGACGGGGACAAAUGAGUGCUCCGGCCUCACUAGCAGCCAGUCGAGAGAGUUUAGCAGAGGGGAGAGCUGGCACCCCAGAGCAGUACAAACGGUACUCGGCAGAUCUGACCCGCCUCAGUGAGGGGGAUAUCCUGACACAAGGCAGUAAUGGAAGUGGCAGCAGUACAGGCUCUCACAAAGGACAUCGUAGAACGGGAUCACAUGGUACAUACAUUUUGUUUUCUGGUGGGAACCCAUUGCAUAAUGUGCCAAUCGCAGGGCGAACUCACCGACGUGGCGGAUCAGACGAGGUGACCCAGAUCAGACUGGGAAUGUCCAGCUCCCCCGUGUUUGUCAAUGUUAACCCUUCCCAUCAACCCUUUGUCAGUCCCCCUAACAACAACAUUCCGCACGUCAACACUUUCCCCGGAACACUACACUCCCCCAACCACGAAAACACCAUCCCCCAGCGCUCCAUCUCUCACACGCCUCCCGAGUCGGAGCGGAUAGCCAAUGUGGGCCCCAGACACCAGUCGUGGACCCCAGAGAUGGGAAUUCAUCCAGUCCUACCCAGCAAUGGCCAGCAACCAGCAAACUCCACAGCCAGCGACCCCCAACAGACCACAGGAACUGGUUUGUCCAAUACAGAUGCAUUUGCGAUGAGCCUGGUUCUCCAGUCGUUAGACCACCAGUUACAGCCUCUUGCCCCAUGUCCUACCAGUGUAGAGUCAAUGGAGAUAUUUGAUCAACACUGUAAGUUAGCAGAGGAGUACCUUAAAGUACAGACAGAACUGUCCUUAUUGGUUCAGAGAAAGAAUGAUUUGAUUAAGGAAUUUGAGCAGGAUGAACACAAUCAAAUGUGUAGCACGCGCCUUGCCGAGGAGUUCAAGCAACUUCGAGAGGAAAACGAAAGCCUGACAUUGCUUCACAAAAAUCUAAAUCAGCAAGUUGAGCAAAUUAGACACGAGCAACAGAAGAGGCGCUGAAUAAACAAAGAGGAUAGAUUUUAUCCGUGGACAUCUAGGUUUAUGAUUUAAUUAGUGUUUGGUUGUAUGCCUUUGUUUACGUGGAGAAAUCAUUGAAUAUUUUUGUCGGUAGAUUGAUAUUCUCUUGAAAACAAUUAUAUCUAAGGCGAUAUAUGGGGAUUGCCGUUAUUUAUCCUCGAAAGUGCAUGUAUAUUGUUUUAUUGUUUCAUUCAGUGUACAUUGCUUUAUUGUUUUGGACUUUUUUUUUAAAAUCAAUUAUACGAACCACAGAGUUGUUUUUUAGCAUGGACGAAAUUUGUGCCAUACAUUAAUAAAAUGAUCAUUCUUUAUAAUAUUGAAUUGAUCUUUAAAAGAAAUUGAUAAUAUAAAUGGUUCUGUUGGUAUAAUUUAUGUAUUGUAGACCUUUAAUUUUACAAGUUGAAUGGAAUCAUUUUUUUUUUUUGGAAUGAUGCGAAAAAGAUAUUAGACAAUCUCUACAUGCAAUUUAUUGUCUUUAUAUGAAUAUAUGAUACAACACUAUGCAUACGACAGGGCAAAUUAUUCGGCCAGUGAUAGAUACAAUGUUAAUGUUAAAAAGAGAAAUACAUCGCUUGUUGUGAAAUUGAUAAAUGUAGCGGCUUUCUGGCAAAAAAUAUUUUUGAAACUGUUCUUGUGUUGAACUUUUUUUUUUACCUUUUAGAGAUUUUAAUCAUGUUAUUAUUAAACUUGGGAAUUGACUAAACCUGAAAAUGGACACUGUUUAAAUUCAGUGGGAUUUAUGUGCAAUGAAAUGUAGAUAUAUAUUAUAUGAAAUAAAUUUUUAUGACUUA